AUGUCAGAUAACUCUUCCUCGUCCAGCGACUCCCUGCUCCAUCGGAACCACUCCUCAGUCAGCCUCCCCUUUUCGGUUUGCUUCAUCGCCAGACCGAGCUCUUUCAUGUACUUCGCCUACUUCAUCACACAAAUCCUCCUCAUCCUCCCGCUCUGCAUCCUCAUCCUACACCAGGGUUUUCAACGCUGGCAGCAGCAACGCUCAAACGCCGCGGCGGCAUCCAUGAGCAACUUAGACUGUUUCACCUACCACAUAGUCAUCAUAGAGCUGAUAGGAGUCUUGGGACUCAGCCUCUGCUCCACUGCUGUCUUUACACUUCAUGUCCGAACAUUCUGGGCCGGGUACUGCCUUUUCGCCUUCACUUGGUACGGAGAGCUGUUCAUGAAUAUCCUGACCUGUGUGGAGCGCUUCCUGGCAGUUAUUCAUCCUGUCACUUAUCUGACUCUGAGGAGCGAGAGAGGGAUCCGAAUCAGAAACGUCAGUAUCGGAUGUGUUUGGAUGUUUUCCCUCGGAGAAGUAGGUCUGCUUACUACAAGCAUCUCUGCCCAGAUGGAUAUUGUCGUCUUGACUUCUUGUUUGGUUAUCAUCUCCUUCUGCAGCCUCUCCGUCCUCAGCGUUCUGAUUCGUCCAGGACCGGGGAACCAGGGCGGUGACAGGAAGAGUGUCAGCCAAUCAAAGCAGAAGGCCUUCUUCACUAUUUCUCUGAUUCUGGUGGUGCUGUCGCUGAGGUGUGUUUGGAACCUGACCUGGACGUUCCUGUUUGUAUCCAAAGCUAAUCAAUGCCUGGUAAUGGGCUGUGGAGUGUGGCUCAAUCUGCCCACCAGUCUUGUGUUACCCGUUUUGUUUCUGCAAAGAUCAGGAAUAUCAGGAUUCGGUAAGACCACAAAGUGA